CGAAGAAAAACGGAGCGAUUCGCAUUUGCAUUGAUUAUCGCAAGCUGAAUGAGAUCACGAUCAAAGAUGUUGGGUUCGGUGUCUGAUGGGAAUUUGAAAUGCGCCUGCCUCGUUUCAGCGAGCAAUGAAAAUGACGUUCAAGAAUUUCGUCAACAAGACACGGCUUACACAAGGGAUGAUUAACUUCUGCAUGAUCGUGUACAUGGACGAUAUUCUGGUCUGUUCGGAAACCUAUCACGGGCACACGCAACAUAUUGAAUGGACAUUGGGCGCACUGAGAGAUCCUGGGUUCAAGAUUGCGUUCGAGAAAAGCGAAUUUUUCCUCUCGGAAAUUUCGUUCUUGGGCUACGUCGUGACACGUGAAGGAUUGUGGCCGGACUCGAGAAAAGUUGCAGCGGUGAAGGAAGCCCCGGUUCCCGUGUCACUGACGCAGGUUCGAGCCUUCUUGGGACUGGUGUCGUACUACCGGCGCUUCAUCAAGGGCUUUGCCGCGAUUGCACGACCGCUAACGAACCUUGCAACCCGGACAUCAGGAACUCAUCGCACAAGAGCUCACGAGCCCGGUAGCACAGCUGGCGGACGAUCUCCCUCUCGACAUCAUCUCGCAGGACGACGAGCACCCGAUUCCUCACGUGCUUUCUCGCACGUUGACACUGUAUCUCCAGUGGUCGGCUUGUGUGGAGGGAGCCGCAGAGCGCAUCCCGCCGUCGCAGCAGCAGUAUUUGGAUCCCCGAAUCGCAAUCCUGCCUUCUUCAGGCAUCCAACGACAGAACAGCUUGCUGCCAUUCGAGAGGAAGAAGAGGAGGAAGAAAGCACUGAGAGUGACGAAGGAGAAGACGAGCGGGAAGAAAGUGGGGAAAGCGACGAAGUACUCAGGGAAGAGGACGAAACCCCCGAAGAGGGAAUCUAUAGCGAGCAUAGCGAGGGGGAGCAGAGCGAAGAAGAAGAAGAAGAAGACGAAGGAGAAGAGGAGAACGAAGGAGGACCUGCAGAAUUGGAGUGGGAAGCUGUGCAUGAAGAAGCGUUGCGCACGGGCACGGAGGCUGAAGAUCUGGAGGCGGCCCUCAAAAGAGAAGAAACCGCGGCCGGGAAGAGGGAACUAGAGUUUGCGAGCGGGGCAAGCUUGCACGACCACGACGACCCAAACCAAGAUCCGGAGACGCCCCGACCAGAACAUGGCGACCUCACGGCCACGACUCCGACCCCAUCAACGAGGCGACGGAGCCGAUCCCCCUCCUCCCCAAGUCGUCCCCCAGUUCGUCGACGUACCGAUACGGGCGAUCGGCCUUCAUCCCCGAUUACUCUCUCGCUGUCCUCUUGACUACCUCACCCUCCGCCAGCUCACCACCCCCUUCACGUUCCCCUCCAGCCCGUUUCCCCGCGAUACCUUCCGCCACUUCUAUGCUGCUCGCCUCGCUAUAGUAGUGCAUCCCCACCCCUCCAUUCAGUGCGUCGUCCCAACCUUCUACCUCCAUGUUUUGCUCCUUAGUGCCGCGUGGCGAGGCCACAAUAUGAUCGA